AUGUAUACUUCAGCUACCGAUGUAUACUUUGCCCUUGACAGCCAAGGCGCUGUCAUCGUAAUCAAAUUGAACGAGGGAGAAAUUAUAGAGCGCACAGUCUUCCCAGAAUCUCACUUAUCGCCUUCUUGGAUCAAUGCUCUGCAUGAGAUGAGAGCGAGUAUGGAGACAAAUGCUAUUGAGCCGUGCGGUAUCUCGUUCCUGCAGCAGCAUGGCAGCCGUGCUCUCGGAUUCGACCGGACACGCUUCGCUGCUUCAGAUCGGGAACACGAACCAGCAGUUCCCUACAUGCAGGGACUACUACAGCCACAUCUAGACUCCCCCAUCCCAUUGGAAGGCGGGGUAAGGACCGCGGACUCCGGGGUGGAAUUCCUGUUCGACAUCCCUGGCUUGUCCGAUACCUGGGAUGAUGUUGACCCAUUCAACUCGUCGUGUGUUCCUGCCUUGCUCGAAAAUGCUCCAAUUGUUCAUGUUUCAGGAGAAUCUAAUAUGCGGGACCCAAGGACCGAUGGUGGUUGCGAAUCAAGGCCUAUGGGACUGAAACGGGCACACAAACUUCAUCGAAUGUUGCAUGCGCUAGAGAACCACCCAGUGAUCAGCCGGGAAGACCAUAACAGACAGGUUGAGGGACUUUACAACGGGCCGCAACUACUGACAUGCUCUCAGGACGCGUCGAUGGUCCAGUUCGCCGCAGUUCUUGGUAGACACAGCAGCGUCUCCGCCGCGGUAGGAACUAUUUAUGGAUUGCUUAGCUGGAAUCUCUUUGGGUUAGAGGAGGAUCGCCUGGUAAAGGAGGACAGGCUGUCUCCUUAUAUUGCAGCGAAGCAGGUCCGAGAUAUCCCCAUAUUAGUCACACCGUCAAUUGAGCUCGCUGACCCGCACCCUUGCCAUCCAGAUGAAUCAGAAAAUGACAAGUGCACUACCCCGUCGGGGGAAAUCGAAGGAUUGGGCAAGUGA